UUGAUACAAUUAUUAUUAUUAUUAUUUCGACAGGUUGUGCAACUACAAGUUGAAGAUAGUCCGGUUCGAGGAAACUGGCUUCUUCCAGAGAGCGAACUUACACGCACAGCCUCCGCUAACAAUAAAGGAGACUUCUCCGAGGCACAUACGAUUCUGAUUGUGAUUGUGCUGUCCGGAAUUUCAGCAUUUCUGGCGGCUGUACUCAUCAGUGCAAUACUGUGCAUGAUCAAGCCUUGUCGUGGAGGAUCACGGGCGCGUGACUCGGUACGGUUUACCAAAGGCACAGGCGGAAAUCGUGCGGGAAAGUAUGGUCAGGAUACAACUGGAGAUGGAAAAGGUCCCGGAACCUAUACCGAUUAUAAUUUAAGUAUUCUGGAUAUGAACGGGUACGCCGGGGGUAUAGAUCCAGCAACGCAAUCACGUGUAUCUCAUCUGACUGCAGCUCAGAUUCCUGGAUUGGAACAACUAUACUUACCAUCUGACAAGUUAAUUGGCGUGGAUUCCAGUUUUCAGACAUGUAGUAGUAUCAUAGAAGAUGCAAGCUGGCCCGGACGGAGUAACGUGACCACACUGCUGGGUUCUCAGCCAGUUGAUCGACUAUCACCACCGGUGCCGUUGUGCGAAUACACAAUCACUCAACCAAUGGAUAACAACUGGAUUACCACUACGCAAACCCAGGCCACUAUAUGGACACCAGCAUCCAUCGGGACCACCACUCCAGCCGGCUUCAACACUCACUGUACCGACUGUCAUGACGCUAUCAUUGAGCCCACAUCUCCUUUUCGGUCGACCUAUCCGGUUGACACUGCGAACGAGGCAAAGGCCAAUGUGAAUGUGAUCGCUCCCUGCCGAUUCCUUCCCCCGCUAUUGCCGGAUCGAGGAGCACGGGAUUGUGCGGAAUACGACGGUUCCGAAUUGAGCUCGGUACACACGCGAACUGGCAACCCUAAUCGUAUUGUGACACUGGGUAUUGGGGCUAAUCGGGACCCAAUACCCGAUUUGGCUAAUGGCUGUGAUCAUAGAGCACCAAUGGGUGAAGAACAACGCUCAGACAGCGGUCGAGGAGCUAGUGAUGAGGAAAUCACGAAUCAAACAAUUCCCAGUAAAAUGUUUACNAUACGACCAAGUUUCGUUCAGCCACACUGA